AUGGCAGGACGCCAGAGGGAGAAGGUGGUUCUGGAUGAGGUUCAUCACAACCAGAUUUUGCGGGAAUUGUACCUCAAAGAGUUACGAACCCAGAAACUCUACACGGAGUAUCACGUGAAUCCCCUCCGCAAGGUUCACACAAUCACCAGAAAGCCCAUGUCUUGGCACGAUAACCUGGAGGAACCUGCAGAUGCCAGAUUUCUGAAUCUCAUUCACCAUGCUGCCCAGGGACCGAGGAAGAAAUACCCAGAGACACAGACUGAAAGCCAGGAAAUUGGAUGGGACUCAGAGCCCUUGGUCAACCCAGAGCGUGAUGACCGCAGGCUGAACCACUUCAGGGUCUACAAUGACAUCACCUUAUACAAGGCAAAACUGUGGAGCUUGGGAGAAGACGAUAGCCGCAAGUAGCAUUCCAUCAGUGGUGUCAGUCCCUGUAUUUCAUGCCCAGAGUGGUACUGCCAGAUCAAUAAAUAUUACUUUAAAACUCAAGUCUGACUUUUCCUAUUCUCAGUCUCUUGCUUCUCUCAUUUUUGCCCAAGUCUAUUGAUUCAAAUCCUUACCCUUAUAAGCCAGUGAGAGGCUUCCAGCUAAAGAUG